AUGGGUAUGCCUAUGGCUCAAGGAGAACCAAAUAUAAAUGAUGGUCUAAGUGCUUCAGAAGACUUUAUAGCCAAUAUGGUCAGUGAAAUAUAUUCGACCUUGUCUUAUAGUCUAUAUUUAAUGAAUUCAUUUUUUAUUGGAAUGUUUUAUACUGAUCUGAAAAAUGUUAAUUUGAUAAUGAUCAAUGAUUAAGAAAUCACAUUAGGCAAAAACGAGAAAUCAGUAUGA